AAUAGACGAUCUUUGAGUGGAUCUGUUGGAGGAAAGCUCCCGUCUCUCCAGCUGGUUGCUCUGCUCGAGCUACCGGGACGAUACUUUGUGUUUUAAGUGUUGACCUGUGCGCCAGAAACGGCUUCGUUGCGCUCCUCGUCGUUUGGACACCGGCACAUUGCACCACAGCGACGUUUAUGACUGCAGCCCCGCGGCUCUGCCAUCGUAGCUGCUAGCCUGUGAGGCUAGCUGGCUAGCGGAGCUCUGACGGAGCGGAGCCAGCUGGUCGGGCGGAGAAGACUGAGCCCGGAUUACCGACUUUACUCAAUCCGAGCGCAAGUCCCUCACUGCGGGAAUCAUGAAGAUAACUGUGGAUUUCGAGGAAUGUCUGAAGGACUCGCCACGUUUCAGAGCCACCAUAGAGGAAGUUGAAGGGGAAGUGUGUGAGUUGGAGUCCAAGCUCGACAAAUUGGUGAAGUUGUGUAUUGGGAUGAUUGAUGCUGGAAAAGCCUACAAUGCAGCCAACAAGCAGUUUGUUAAUGGGAUCAGGGAGCUUGCCCAGCAGUCUGCCAAAGAUGAGGUCAUUGAGUCCAGUCUCACAAAGUUCGCUGAGAGCCUUCAGGAGAUGAUCAACUAUCACACGAUAUUAUUUGAUCAGGCCCAGAGAUCAAUCAAGACUCAACUGCAAACCUUUGUGAAAGAUGACCUACGUAAGUUCAAAGAAGCCAAGAAACAAUUUGACAAAGUCAGCGAGGAAAAGGAGACGGCACUUAUCAAGAAUGCUCAGGCUCCACGAAACAAGCAGCACGAAGUGGAGGAGGCCACCAACAUCCUCACUGCCACACGCAAGUGCUUCCGACACAUCGUCCUUGACUACGUCUUACAGAUAAAUGUUCUACAGUCCAAGAAAAGAUCGGAAAUUUUGAAAUCAAUGCUGUCCUUCAUGUAUGCCCACCUGACAUUCUUCCAUCAAGGUUAUGACCUGUUCAGUGAACUGCAGCCUCUUAUGAAACAGCUGGGUGGACAGUUGGACCAGCUGGUGGUCGAUGCUGCCAAAGAGAAGAGAGACAUGGAGCAGAAGCACUCAACCAUUCAACAAAAGGAUUUCUCAAAUGACGACACCAAACUGGAAUACAAUGUGGACGCUGACAAUGGCAUCGCCAUGGAGGGUUAUCUGUUUAAGAGGGCGAGUAACGCCUUUAAGACGUGGAACAGACGUUGGUUCUCUAUCCAAAACAAUCAGCUCGUUUACCAGAAGAAAUUUAAGGACACCCCGACAGUAGUGGUGGAAGACCUGAGAUUAUGCACAGUCAAACACUGUGAGGACAUCGAGCGUCGCUUCUGUUUUGAAGUGGUUUCACCCACAAAGAGCUGUAUGAUGCAGGCCGACUCAGAGAAGCUGCGACAAGCUUGGAUCAAAGCUGUCCAGAACAGCAUCGCCACCGCCUUCCGCGACAAGGGAGACAACGGCGAGAAGCUGGACAGGAAGUCCUCUACAUCGACAGGGAGUCUGGACUCUGGAGGGGAGCCGAAGGAGAGGUCACUGAAAGGAGAGAGCGCCUUGCAGAAGGUCCUGGCUAUCCCUGGCAACUCCUGCUGCUGCGACUGCGGUCAGCCAGAUCCCCGCUGGGCCAGCAUCAAUCUGGGCAUCACCCUCUGUAUACAGUGCUCUGGCAUCCACAGGAGUUUGGGAGUACAUUUCUCUAAGGUUCGAUCUUUGACUCUGGACACCUGGGAGCCAGAACUACUCAAGUUGAUGUGUGAGCUGGGAAACAAAGUGAUCAACCAGAUCUAUGAAGCUCGGCGAGAGGAGUUGGGAGCCAGGAAGCCACAGCCAGGAGACCCCAGACAUGAGGUGGAGGCCUACAUCAAAGCCAAAUAUGUGGAUCGACGGUUUGUUCGCCGGCCGUCAGACGAGGAGCUUCGAAACAAAGUCGUUUCUCUGAGCAAACAGGAAAAACGACUGAGCAGCAGCUCUGAGCACCUGCCUCCAAAACCGCCUCCCCCCACGCCAAAACUUCAGCCAAGUUCUCAUGCGUCAGGGCAGCCAGUGAAAAGAGAAGACAGUGGCAUUCAGAACAGUGCUGAUGGGAGCGGGGAGAUGUUGGCCACCACUCCAUCCAGUAACAGCUUGGCGGACGCAGACGCUGCUGAGGCUCCCUCCAUGCCCGCAACACUUCCUCCCCCGUCCCCUUGCAAGGAAGUGGUUUUCUACGAGCCUAAGGAGUACAGCCCGGGUCUGCAGCUCUACUGGGCGUCGUGCGCCCGCAGCCUGCCGGACAUGGCUGAGGCGCUGGCCCAUGGAGCCGUGGUCAACUGGGUCAACACGGACGAGGACAAGAAGACGCCGCUCAUCAUGGCCGUGCACGGGGGCUCGCUGGUCACGUGUGAGUUUCUGCUCCAAAACGCGGCAAACGUGAACCAACAGGACGCUCAGGGCAGAGGACCGCUGCACCACGCAACCACGCUGGGACACACAGGGCAGGUUUGUUUAUUCCUGAAAAGAGGAGCGAACCAAAACGCUGCAGACAUCGAUGAGAAGACGCCCCUGAGCAUAGCAGUGGAGGCAGCAAAUGCAGACAUCGUCACGUUGCUGCGAUUGGCAAAGAUGAACGAGGAGAUGCGGGAGGCGGAGGGGCCCUACAACCCAUCAGGAGAUGAAACCUACCAGGACAUCUUCCAAGAUUUCACCCACAUGGCCUCAAACGAUCCGGACAAACUAAACCGCUACCCGUACGACCCGCAGAAACCCUGACACGCACCACGCUGCAGAGGUCAUGCUGACUCCAUCUUGAUGCAAGUUUAAAAAAAAAAAACAAAGUCCUGGAACAAGGUUGAGUUUUCCCUCCAGCGUCACGCAGGAGCAUCUGCGUUAAAGCCUCGGAUGCAGCUGAAGCUCCUUCUCAUCACCAUCUGAAGGUUUUGUCGACAACUACAAGCACUCGGAUCUAUUUUUUUAAGCUUUUCAGUUGGACCUCUUAGAGCAGGCGAAUGGUACAAGGUUGAAGCCAAUUUAAAGGUUUUAAGACAAACUCUGAAUGUAAAAAAAAAAAAAAGGUUCAUCAGUUUCUCAUGUGACUACUUUACAGUCAAAGAUAAUUUCUUUUAAAAUAUAUAAGCGCUGCGU